GUUGGAAUCGCAGUAAACAUUAACUGCAGUUGCAAGCAUAGCUACGCGAAGUACUCUGGCCUGGGUCACCGACAAGCGCGGUGAAGUUCAGGUGACCAAAUGCAAUGCUGCUCCUCAGACGCUGUCCAGGCCUUACCCGAAUUGGGCUGCCCAAGACUCAAAGGUUUCAGCCGAGGCCGGGAGCGGGCUCCUCGCUGGCCCUGUGUGCUCGCUGGGACAGCGGCAGUGGCAGUGAUGGGGGUGGAGGACGCGGUUGGGGACAGGGCUCCCGCGGGCGCGCCCCUGGCUGGCACCGCCUGCUCGCCGGGCUGGUGGCCGGGGCCGGGGCCGGGGCCGUGCUAGCCUACGGCCUUCGCCGAAACCAGGUGGAAUGGGCGGCCGCCACCGUCCAGCCCGUGGAUGAGGGCUGCGAGGUCCCCGUCUACACGCAGGAGGAAGUGACCAAGCACCGCACCCCGGCCGACGGCGUGUGGGUGACCUACAAGGGCGGGGUGUAUGACAUCACCGAUUUUGUGGCCGUGCACCCGGGCGGCUCCAAAAUCAUGCUGGCGGCCGGGGGCCCGCUGGAGCCCUUCUGGGCCAUGUACGCCGUGCACGGCCAGGAGCACGUGCUGGAGAUCCUGGCCCAGUACAAGGUGGGCAAGCUGUGCCUCCAGGACCAGCAGCGGCAGGCCGCGACGUCGUCCUCGGACCCCUACGCCACCGACCCGCCCCGACACCCCGCUCUGAGGGUCAACAGCCAGAAGCCCUUCAACGCCGAGCCCCCGUCCGAGAUCCUCUCGGAACACUUCAUCACCCCCUCCGCCUUCUUCUUCAAGCGGAACCACCUCCCGGUGCCCUCGGUGGACCCCUGCGCCUACCGGCUGGAGAUCCAGGGCCUCCCGAGCGGCCCCGUGUCGCUGUCGCUGGCCGAGCUGAAGUCGCGCUUCCCCAAGCACACGGUGACGGCCACCCUGCAGUGCGCCGGCAACCGGCGGUCCGAGAUGAACCAGGUCAAGCAGGUGAAGGGGCUGAACUGGGGCAUCGCCGCCAUCAGCAACGCCACCUGGGCGGGCGCCCGCCUCCGGGACGUCCUGCUGGACGCCGGGUACGUCCCGGGCGGGCCCGCGCGCCACGUCCAGUUCGAGGGCCUGGACCGGGACGUGACGGGCACCACGUACGGGGCGUCGAUCCCCGUGGGCAAGGCGCUGAGCGAGGAGGGCGACGUCCUGCUGGCCUACGAGAUGAACGGCGAGGAGCUGCCGGCCGACCACGGCUUCCCCGUGCGGGUGGUGGUGCCCGGCACCGUGGGCGCGCGCAACGUCAAGUGGCUGGGCAAGAUCGUGCUGAGCGAGGAGGAGAGCGGCAGCCACUGGCAGCAGAACGACUACAAGGGCUUCUCCCCCGGCACCGACUGGGACACGGUGGACUUCGCGUCCGCGCCGGCCAUCCAGGAGCUGCCGGUGCAGUCGGCCAUCACGCAGCCGGCCGAGGGCAGCGUGCUGGACCGCCGCCUGGAGGAGGUCACCGUGAAGGGCUACGCCUGGAGCGGGGGCGGCCGUGAGGUGGUGCGGGUCGACGUGUCCCUGGACGGGGGCCGGACGUGGCAGGUGGCCCGGCUGCGGGGCGCGGAGGAGGAGGAGGAGGAGGAAGAGGAGGAAGAGGAGGACGGGGAGGACGGGGAGGAGGAGGGGCGGCAGAGGCAGGGGCGGGGGCGGGGGUAUGUCUCCUCCGCCCCCCCGGGUCGAGCCUGGGCCUGGAAGCUGUGGGACGUGACGGCGCCCCUGCCCGAGGACGCGCAGGAGCUGGAGAUCGUGUGCAAGGCGGUGGACAGCAGCUACAACGUGCAGCCCGACACCGGCGCCCCCAUCUGGAACCUGAGGGGCGUCCUGAGCAACGCCUGGCACCGGGUCAGGGUGACCGUGAGCGAGAACUAGAAGCGCGUCCCGCAGUGACGGGCGCGCGGAGUUUGGCUCACUGCACAUAGAGCCUUAUUCUGAUCAGGUCUGAACCUUGAGGGGGGUCAGGACCCCAAUCCGUUCAUCUGGGAAGGUUGGAGGAAUGUAGUCGGGUCUCAAAUUUGGUCUCUACUUUCAAUAGGAAAAUUCAGGAAUGAAAGCAAAAGUACCAUUAGCCUUCUGACCGAAAAAUUUGAAGCAGGAUCGGCCUUCAUCCGUUUUCUUCACGCACAAACAAAAUGAUCUUUUUUUUAAAUUGAGGAAUUAAUUGGGGGAAAAGGUUUUGUGGGUGAAUUUAGCUUUUGCAGACAUAACGGCUUCUGUUUUGGAAGAAUGUAGACAAACUAAAAAAACGGGAGAUUAUACCUGUGUAGUGUCAACACUUAUAAUACACCAAGAAGGUAACCUCAAUGCAAUCUAUCCCUUUUUGGACACAGUUACAAGAUUGCAGUGGAUUCUGUAACCACUUAAGUAUACAUUUUAUUGUAACAAUUUAUCCAUGUUUAAAUUAAUCACCCUUUUAUCUGAAAACACCACUUCCUAUUGUGAAAAGCUGAUAAACACAAUUUUAUUUUUUAGCAUGACCAGAGAACAAAAUAGAAUAUCUCAUAGUUAUAUCUCCUAAAUUUUAAAUCUGUUUAUCCCAGCUGCUCUAACAUAACUGAUACCUGCGUACUUGGUACUGCCUACAGCUUCUGAUGAGUAUCUGACAGUCUCUGGCGGACAAGCAUACAGGACAUCAAUGUUCCAGCUUUUAUUUCGCUUAAUAGGGGGGCAGGCACCAACCAAUGCUAGAGCGUGUUUUUAUUUCGUGUUUUACUGAUUUAAUCUCCCUUUAUCCGUGAAUAUCUUUUUUUGUCUCGCACAACUUCGAUGAUCUUUGUACUCGGUUGGUCAGUUGACGUUACAGUUUGGAUUAAGGAACACGCCACUCGGUUGUGCCAUUUACGUCUUCAGAGAACCGAGGCGUAACACAAUCAUUGGUCUGUGAAAUCAUAGGUACUUGUUUUAUAAAUGAUAAAAAAAAGUCUUACAAAUCUAUGUGGCUACCACUUGUAAGUCAAAAACAGCUUUUUUUAAUAGUUGCAUUUAAAUUGUCCGGUCAUGACCCGGUAGUGGGUCCGGCCGUGAUGUGCAUUUUGUUUUAUUCAUCUAAACGUUUAUGGAAUUUAGCCAGAGAUUAUUUAGCUCUUAAAAAUAAGCUAAACUCAUGCAAACACUGCACAAAUGUCUGUCUUAACAAGCGUUUAGUAAUUAUAAUGAGACUUAAGAUCUCAUUUUUCUUCUCAAGUAGACAGUACUAUCUAUUAAGUGAAAUGUUCAUUUUCCAUUGGCAAAUCUUUAAAUGAGUCAAACUGUCUUACCUCUUUGCCAAUAUUUUUGUCUUAUUCAGAAAAUAAGUUAAAUACGAUUUUAAGUCUCAAUAUAACUACAAAUACUGAAAUGCUUAUUUUGGCUUUUGUAGUGAACAUUAAAUGGAUGUCGACAUUUGUAAAUAAAGCUCACUAAACAUGAUUGAAGAUUAUGUUUACAUCUUGUUGAAUGGUAAUUGUAAUUUUCUUGUAGAGCAGGGGUGUCAAACUGAAUUCCCAGGGGGCUGCAGUGUCUGCAGGUUUUUGUGGUUUCCUUUCAGUCAGCUGCCAAUUAAGGAAUUGAGAACAAGGCCUGUGGAUACUUUAAGCAGUCAAUGACUUGAAUGAACCACGGGUGCCCAGAACAACCCCAAAAACAGCAGACACUGCGGCCCUCCAGGACUGGAGUUUGACACCUGUGUUUUAGCAGGUUGGUAGAUCUGAUGCAUCAGAUUUAUUGGGUAGAUGGACUGUAGAUUAUUUCAGUCAUUCUUAUAUUUCAAAAGGCAGAAUUCAGCUUAUUGGUGUGUGGCUGUUUUAAAAUGCAAGUACUGGUAGGUGACCUUUUUAAAGAACAGAAAAAUUAGCAGGAGUCAUUAAUAGUGGACAUUUGAUCAAAAUAGACAGAAUUUAAGAAAAGAGUGGUUAAAGGUAUUCGUACUGGAUGUUGUACUUGCAGUGUCUCCAGGACUGCUGUGGGUGGGUAGCUCAGGUUUUGCUCCCUGGUCGUAAACUACAAGCUGAAGACUGAAUCAUCAAGGGACAAAAAGCACUUUAAUUGUUUGUUUUCGUGUUAUCACCGUUUUGGAUCAUACGGCAUCUAGUAGGUCUGCUACAGUGAGUUCAUACAGUGCCUUACAAAAAAUAUAAUAUUUUAUUUUAUUUUUAGAUUGUCUGAUUACAUAACCUACAAUGUAAGGUAACACAGUGGUUGUGCUUUUGCUGAUGGCAGAAUAAAAAAAAUCUUUUUCUCUG